GUUUGAAAAGCUCCAUCCAACAACAUAUACAUAAUCAUUGAAAUUUUCAUCCUGCAUCGCUCAUUAGACACCUUACGCCAUAUAAUAGACACGGUACUCAAACCCAACCCUCAGAAGUCAACAAAAAUGGCCGACGCAGGCGGCUGGAGCACAAUCGAAUCAGACGAAGGCGUCUUCACCUCCCUAAUCGAAAACCUAGGCGUAAAAGGCGUCCAGUUCGAAGAACUCAUCUCCCUAGAUGCCGACACCAUCCGCUCACUAAGCCCCGUCUACGGCGUAAUCUUUCUCUUCAAAUACCUCCGCGACCAAACGCCCACAACCCCCGAAGCCCCCAUCGACGGAACCUACGACAAAACCGCGCCAGAGAAUCUCUUCUUCGCGGCCCAGACAAUCCAAAACGCCUGCGGCACGCAAGCCAUCCUCUCUGUAAUCCUCAACCAAGACAGCGCAUCUUCAACACCCUACCCUAUCGACAUCGGAAAUGAACUCCGCUCCUUUAAGGACUUCACGACGGGGUUCCCGGCGGAUCUGCGCGGCGAGGCGCUCUCGAACUCCGAGACGGUGAGGACGGCGCAUAAUGCGUUUGCGCGGGCGAGUCCGUUUGUCGAUGAGACGGUGCGCACCGCGAGAGAUGAGGAAGGGGAUGUGUAUCAUUUCAUUGGGUAUACGGCCGUGAAUGGGACGUUGUAUGAGUUGGAUGGGUUGCAGCCGUAUCCGAUUAGUCAUGGGGAGUGUGAUGCGGAGAGGUUUCCUGAGAAGGUGAUUGGGGUUUUGCAAAGGAGGAUUGCGAGGUAUCCUGAGGGGGAGACGAGGUUUAAUCUCAUGGCUGUUGUGAGGGAUUUGAGGAUGAGGGCGAGGGAGAUUGGGGAUGUGGAGAUGUUGGAGAGGGAAGAGAGGAAGAGGAGAGCUUGGGAUUGGGAGAAUACUCUGCGGAGGUCGAACUUUGUUGGGUUUAUUGGGGAGGUUUUGAAGGGGGUUGUUGGGAUGAAGGAGAAAGAUGGGAAGUUUGAUGAGUGGGUUCAGAAGGCGAAGGGGGAGACGGAAAGGAGAUUGAGACGGUGAUUCUAUCUGUCUUUCUUUCU